ACGCUAUGCCUACAUCGGUAGAGCAACCAAUCUCACUAAUUGGAUGGGACUUGAUAAACGAUUUAAGUGCUUUACCAGAAAAUGAAAAUAUUAUUAUAGAUUUCCUUUUGGAAAGAUUACAACAUGGUCAAAUUUAUACGUGGGUUGGUUCACUACUCUUAACAUUAAAUCCUAACAAUGAAGUGUCAACAUCCCAUUUAUAUAAUUCUUCAGAAGUUGAUAAAUAUGUUAAUGUGUCGGAUACUAUUUAUGAAGCAAGUCCUCAUAUAUUUACUAUUGCUGCUAAGGCACAUUACAAUCUUAUUAAAGAACUUGGACAAAAUUCUCAGGUAAUUGUUAUAAGUGGAGAAACUGGCACAGGAAAAACGUUUAAUGCUUGCAAAUGCCUAGAAUUUUUUAGUAACAUUAACAAAAAGUCAGUGCAACUCUGUCAAAGGGAUUGUACAUACAAUAUUAUGCUAAGAAUUACAGAUGCUUGUCGCUUGAUAUCUGCUUUUACAACUGCAUGUACUGAAAAAAAUGAAGUAAGUUCAAGGCAUGGCCAACUUGUAAAGCUUCAUUACAAAAGUGGUAUUAUUUCUGGUGCAACUAUUAAUUCAUUCCUUUUGGAAAGAAGCAGAGUGACAAAAGGUUCAAGCAAUUUUCAAAUUUUUUAUCAGAUGAUAUUUGGAAUGUCAGAUAUAGAACUUGAAACUUUAAAUCUAUCUAAAGAUAAACAUUAUGAUAUAUUAAGUAUUAUAGAUUAUAAUAAAAAAAAAUAUUUUGAGCAAAGUUUUCAAGAUACUCUAAAGGCAUUGGAUAUAUUGGACUUUAAACCAGAUCAAAAAAAACAUAUUUUUCAAGUUCUUGCCUUACUGAUUCAUAUGGGAAAUAUUAAAUUUAUAAAAAGUGGUGAAACAUGUGCAAUUGAUCUUAAUAAUAAUAAAUCCAAGGAAGCUUUAAACAGUACUUGUACUCUUAGUUCUUUAACUGAAGAUACCAUAAUGGAAUUGCUUACUACAAUUCUUAUAAAUCCACAAAGUACUUGGCGGAAACAUACUUCUUAUCAUCGACAUCUUAUUACCGUUGAUGCAUGUCGCAAUAGAUUAUAUAGUAUAAUUAGACAUAUGUACGAGCUUCUUUUUCAUUGGAUUUUAAAUCAUGCAAAUAGUACUUUGUCUCUAAAACAACAAUAUUCACAAUGGCUCGGUAUACUGGAUAUCUUUGGUUUUGAAUCUUUUGAUAAGAAUGGUAUAGAGCAGCUUUGCGUAAAUUAUGCUAAUGAGAAAAUGCAACAAUAUUUCAUAGAAACUUAUAUGGAAAAUAAUCGUAACAAUUUGCAGGAAGAAGGUUUUAUUGAAAAUUGUAGUCCUUUGCAUACUAUCAAUUUAUACAAAGAGCGUCUAAAUGUUAUUGAAGAGAAUUUAUUUUUGACUUUAAAUGAUGCUUGUCAGUCACCUGUAGCAAUUGAUACAUUAACAAUAAUUCAGUUGACAUGUAAAAAUCUACAUAAUGAACAGCAAAAAUUUUUAAGAGAAAAAGAAGGAAAUUUCAUUAUAGAACAUUAUUCUGGCCCUGUUGCAUAUUCUAUUGAAGAUUUAAUAUCUAAAAAUACAGAUAAGGUUCCAAAAGAAAUAUCUUUAAUUUUCAGUGCAAGUAAAAAUAAAUUCCUUCGUUUCUUGAUUAAUAUUGAGGAAGAACAAUAUUUACAUAUUGUAAAGACAUCUACUAAAAAAAAAACUAUGUUAGCCAAAUUAAAAUAUAAUAUGGAUACACUUAUUAAAGAACUCAGCAAAUGUGACUUGCAUUAUGUGCGAUGUGUUAAGCCAAGAUUUAAUCAAUUGAUAAAUGAUGAAUGGGAUCGAAAAGAUUUUCAAAAACAACUAGCAUGUAUUGGUAUUUUUGAUGCCCUACCUUUAGCUAAAUGUAAAUAUCCCAUUCGUUUGUGUUAUCGAGAUUUUUACUAUCGCUAUGCCAACAAACCUACAGAAACGAUAAAUCCCAAUAAAUGCAAAUUGAUUUUGGAAUCAAUUAUACCUAAAAGAGAAUUGCAUACCUUAGUUCAUUUUGGAAAUCAAUUGAUCUUUUUAACAGGAUCAAUUUUUCUUAAACUAGAAUCUUACAGAAGGAAUUAUCGCAGAAAAUGUGCUAAUAAAAUACAAACAUUUUGGAUAAGCCAUAGACGUAAAAAAAUACCGACUAUCUCAAAGUGCUUGACAACUAACUAUCAAGUAGAAAAUAUAUAUAAAACGAAUGAAAAUGUUACACCUGUUAAAAUUGUACCCGGUCGUGAAUUAAAAAAAUCAAAUACAUCGGAUGAUGAUGAUGUAUUUAUCGCUAAUCCAACCCCUCCAAAAAAUAUUGAUAACAUGAGCUACUUAAAUUUCGUAAUAGAAAAAGAAAAAGAUGACAACAGUAUUAGUAAAAAUGAAAAUCUGAAUGAAAUUUGUCCAGAAAGUAAUAAUGUCUCGACAAAAGAACUAUAUGUUUUCAAAAAAAUUGAUGAUCUUAAUAAUUCGAAAAAUUGCUUUAAAAAUAAUACUACAAAAUUUAUGAAAAUUAUAAGCCCUGGUUACCUUUUUAAUGUUAAAUACGGUAAAAACUUUUAUGUGUAUAAUGAUAUAAUGAACUACAAUUAUAAUAAUAAUGACAAUAACUUAUUGAAGCAACAUUUAGCAUCAGACAUUUUUCUGAUUAAUACAGACUCUGCAAAAAACAGCAAUAUAAGAAAAUGUUCUGUACAUUAUGAGACAGAAAGAGAUAGUACCAUUCAAAUAAGUUCUUGUUUAUUUUUUUAUAAAAACAGAAUUUUAAGUCGACGACGGCUUGCUGCAAUACCGGUAAGGAUGCAUACUCGGGCAACAUGUUUAAUUAAUUCGUAUGUAUUACCACAUAACAAAUUAUCACAAGGAUUAGUGUCUUUAACAGAAUAA